AUUUCUCCUUCCUUCCUUCCUUCCUUCGAUCAUUGUUCUGGUUUAUUAAAUUACACAAUUCCAAUUAUGGCUCAGGUGUGGUCAGUCAUCUCACCUGUGCCCAGGUAAGGGACUUGGCCACAGUGUGGUGUGCAGCCACCAAUUGACCACUGAACGAAGUGGCAGCUGUAGCUGUCCUCAACCAUCAUCUCUCCUCUCAACGGCCGGUUUAAUGUUUAGCUUAGGAUGAAGCGCUGCAGACUGGCUAGCGAGGAGAGAUACGGAGACAGCGAUACAAGGGACAGAGUGUGACAGCGAGACACGCAAACACAAACACACACACACACAUACAUACACAAACACACUCUCGCAAUGCAUGGAAGUAUCUUCUUCUAAGAUGCCACUGAGCCUAGAAAAGUUGCAUUGAGUGAAGCAUGGAGACCAGGACGCGAUCAUGGAGGAGAGAGGGAGCCAGGUUGACAUCCAGGGACAGAGAUAAUAAUACCAAAUCCCCGGUUGUGGCUGAGUCCUAUGGAGACCGCCCUAGCCCAGCAGCAGCAGCAGCAGCAGUGCGUCCAGCAACACAGCGCCCCCUGCCUGCGCUGGCUCGCCUCUACAUCUACGCCCUCCACGGCCUGCUCUGCGAGGUGGUCUUCACCGCCGUCUGGGACUGCUGCGUGACCCCCGACCCCCGCCUGGUGGCCCACACCAGCCUCUGGGCGUUGCCCAUGUAUGGCUCCGCUGUCUUCGUCCUGGAAGACCUGAGCGCGUGGCUGAAAGGCAAGCGCUGCCCCCUGGCUGCGCGGCUGGUGCUCUACACCGUCCUCACCUACAUGUGGGAGUUCUCCUGGGGGAUGGUGCUCCGGCUGCUAGGGGCCUGUCCGUGGGACUACUCCCACUUUCAGUACAACCUGCUGGGCCUGGUGACCCUGGAGUACGCCCUGCCCUGGGCCGUGGCCUCCCUGCUCGCAGAGACACUUGUGGUCCACUACACGUUGAGGUUAAGCUUGGCUAGCUGAGCAGGGAAUGCUAGUAGCCUACAAGUACACAGACUUACAUUUUCCCGGUGCUCAUGACCUCAAGCUGUUUGGGCGACAAGAUUUCUGCUUUUCUGUCUCCCAACUGGCUGAGUAAAGUGACUGUAUAGCUAUAAAAAUGUCAAAUGUGAAAAUGCUUGCCUUACAUGAGGUACAUAGCUCAGGACUUGUGUAACAUAUGACUACAAAGCCCAAAGGGAUAUAUUUAAAUCAAUAUUUGUAUUUAUUCUUCGUGCAAGAUUUUGUACUAUUAUUUAUUUCUUGAGGCACUUUGAGACAGCAAAAUGAUCGGUACAUGUUGCCUCUUCAAAAACCUUUGACCCUUCUAGGCUUUGAAGACAUACAUACACAAAGAAUAUUUUAAUUGGUAGACAGUUGUUUCCCCAUCUGAAAUACUAUGUUUUAACCACAUAGAUAAUUUCCAAUGGGGUCCAUUGGACUACUUGUGUAUAUAGAAAUAGCUUAGGAGGUACAACUGGAUGUAGCAAAUAAGAAAUGAAGUCUGUUUGGGCAAUGUUAGCAAUGCAAACUAUGAAUCAGUCUGGGAGGUCAAAGUGGAUGUUCAUUUAUACAUGACCAUAAAGUAUGUUGUAAAGGAUCACAAUACAAGGACAAUGUAAUUUAAACAUGCACACCUGGACGUAUCUGCAUGUAUGCGGACACUAUUAUUGUAUAUUGCCUGCUAUAUACAGUAUCCCAUUUGGAGAAGGUCACAAUAGCUUAUAUAGUCAUAAAAUGUAUAUAUUGCUAUCUCUCUCUCUCUCUCUCUCUCUCUCUCUCUCUCUCUCUCUCUCUCUCUCUCUCUCUCUCUCUCUCUCUCUCUCUCUCUCUCUCUCUCCAUUUCAAUGCACCAUUAACCUUUUCUUUAUGUGUCGUUUAAAAAAGACAAACAUGUGCUUUGCUCACUUCAUAAGCUGCCAGGAUUCAAACUCGCUAACUGCAAUAGCUCUACAAGCUCCUGAUAGCAAACAUAGGGCUAACCACUCCCAUCACUGCCUAUACAGUAAAUUCACAUUUGAACUCAAAUAUAAGGCACUGCUUGGGUGUAUAAUUUGUCUGUUCUUUUUUAAUACAUUUCUUAAAAAAAUAAAACUAAACCCUUGCCUGAA